UGGGACUGUUUUGACUUCAGAGAAAGAAACGUGGAACAAGGAUACGGGUGUGUUAUCGUCAUCGUCGUUGUCGUUGUCGUCGUGCUCGUCGUCGUUGUUGUCGUCGUCGUAUUUAGUUGUUCAAAUCAUAAGUUUGUUGUUUGUUCCCCGGUCUUGUGUGAAUACUACUACUACCAUUACUAUUACUACUACUCUUACUACACUAUCCGCUAAGGAGCCGCGUGUGCCGCAAGCUAAGUAAGUUGGUAGAAAUCGCUCGCAAGUCGUAGUGUCCGUGAGAGAACGAGCAAAACGCCAGGAAUACUUUCGAUCAGCGACCAGCGAAUUUAAGAACGGUUCCGUCGAGCAAAGCACCUAAAAGUCCCGGCAAAAACCAUCGUCUACCGGUAUAGAGCGGGAAAGCUUGCCACUGGAAAAUCGUGCCUCCCAGUACCAACGCAGCCCAUUGGCUUGAGCCAAAAUCGUGGUAGUAAUUGUAGCAUACACAUUCACACACUAAGACCGGACAAGAAAGGAGCAGACUGGUUUUGGUGUCUUGAAAACAAAACUCUGAUUGUGACGUGGAACGAGGAGACGCGCUCGUAGAUGCGGUUUUGUCAACGUUGGAAAAGAUGCAGAGGAGCGGUGAAGUAUGCUGAUAGCGGUUCGUGAUUUAAAUACACCCGCCAAAGAAAGCAGUGAACAGAAGUGCCCAACCGAAACGUUAACGUAAAACGAAUAUCAACAAACCAAUAAGCAAGGAGCAUGCACGCAGAUGCGAAAUGUAAAAACAAAUAAGAUAGAAAACCAACUAUCAUCACCGACAGCGAGCAAGCAGGUGAAGCUGUAAACACAUGUAUAAAGUAUCAACAAUCGUGGAAGUAGGACGAUAGAAAGUCAACCCACAAACAAGCACACAUACUCAAAACAAACACUGAGCUCUGAAUCAAUCGAAAAAUCAUUACAGGGAUUAUAUAGGUUACGAAAAGUGUACGUUAGUCACGCAUUUCUGUAUGUAUGUGUGUAUGUAAUGCUGGCAAUUUAGAAGACGAUGAUGGUAACAUUUGCUUGAGCCUUUUCCUCGAAAUUAGCAACUCCUUUAACAAACCUCCCAUCCACAGCCUAAAAAGGACAAGCACACGAGAAGGCAACUAGAAGAAGCCUAGCUCAAGAAGCGAAAAUCGAUAAAAAAGCUCCUCGCGGAACAAAAGGAACAACAACAGCUGAAAAGCAAAACGACGCUGUUGAACAAAACAAUCCAUCUAAAAGUGGGCGCAACGUAACAACUGUGUGGAAUAGAAUUUCGCCAGAAAACGACAACCCUGUCCUUUUAGUCUGCGCGACGCGUAAAGUUAAAGAGCGCACGAGGUUGUAUUAAAGCUCACAGCUACGGGCGACGGAUCAGCACGGAUGCGGACAGUCAGCCGCCGAUUGAUGCCAGUGUCAGCUGGAGUGCGUGAUAGCGUUGCAUCCGAGUGAAGGGAAAACCGGUCAACGUGAGCUGGCUUUUCCAUCUGAACUGGCCUGGGAAAACUGCGUGUGCGAGCGGGCGAGCGAGAGUGCAAUUGUGUCAGGGCGAGAACGCACGAGUCGAGCAAGCGAGAGUACGAGCGAGAAAGAGAGAGAGAGAGAAAGAGAGUGAACGAGUAAACGGCCGCAUGCAUUGCCGUCAAUAAUCAACAAUCAGUCAGUCACUCAGUCAGCCGCCAGUGGCAGCAUAAACAGCAUACACUUGCAGCAGGAGAAGUGGUAAUAUAUUGACUGCAUCCCUUCAGUGCCGUUCGCAAUCGGUGCAUCGUGGCAGUUGUGUUGCAAACGAGUUUCGUCGAUCGGUGUUUUUUUGUUGUUUUCAUCACUCGCGUGUACACUGACUUUAAGCAGCGUGUACUGUAACCGGCGCAAAUGCGUGUGGAUGCGUUUUUUAGUGGAACGAAGCGAAACAACUAAAGUUCUUCAGGUGUGCAGUCUAGGUGUGUUGCUUAAGUGAAAGUGAACAACGGUACAACGCGAACAUAGCCGCUUUCCCCUUUCUUCCAAACUAGCCGCAGUGGUAGUGUGUUAGUGCUUUGUUUCGUCUUCGUUCCCAAGGUGCCAUUCUCGUAGUCGAGCCCAUGUCUCGGGACAAAAGUCGCUAGCAGACCGGCAAAUCAUCCCAGAAGCGAGGCGAAAGUAUAAUACAAAAUUAGCAUUAGCAAGAGCCUAUUAGUCGAACGCAUUAGCGCAAUAGCGGGUUCGCUAUCGGAAACACACAAAAGCAAACUAACGACCCCAACCAACCAAAACAAACAAACGCGAAACUGAGCAGGAGAACCGCAACCAUCACAUCAAAAAAGUGCCUAACUAUUUCCGUUUUGCGUUUCGCUUAAAUCUGUUGUUGUAUCGGUCCACUCAGUCCCUGUCCCGAACACCCCGUCGAUUUGCGUGGACCCGUCCGUAGAAAACACGCUUACCGUACCGGAUCUGAACAGGCAUGCUAGCGGAGCUGGGAAACAGCGUGUAGCUAAGGAUUGUCAAGGAUUGUUCGGAUUCCCAGAAAACCAAAAAAGCCCCGUUGUACUUUAGGCCACCAGGUAAUGGUUGUGUUACGUUUCGGGUAGCUGGUGAAAGGAGUGGAAAAACAAAUCAAAACGCAUUAAAUUGAAAAGUGUGCGCCCAGUAGUGUGCUCCCUUGUGGUGGUAGUAUGAACAAAACAUAAUACACACACAUACGCGCGGAUUAGUCGCAAUGCUGCGAGUGUGCUAAUACAAAAGUGAUAAAACUAUUACAAAAAAAGAAACACCCCCUCGCACCCUCCAAAAACAAAACAAAACAAAAAUUCGUGUGCCGAUUGUUAUCAUCGCAAUUGUUAUUUGAGCUAAAACCGUUUAGAAACUCGAUGAAGAAAUCGUAGCAGUAUAGGGUAGGAUUUGUGUAAGUGCAGUAGUGUUUCGCCUUUCCGAAGCCUUUGCCAACUGGAGGAGUGUUCCGUUCGUGCUGCUGUUACAAAGGUGUAGUUUUAACCGCGUUCACUUCAAGCAACGUGCGAGGAACGCGAAUGCUGGCUGGUGUUUGAUGUGAACAUUGAUUUUCCUCGUUUUCCCCGGCAUUUGGUAGUGCGUUCGUGCACUUACCUGUCUACGCAAUAGAACUGUGCCCAUUAUCGCGUCUGCUUCCAGCAAUCGAUUAAAGCGGAUACAAAGUUAAAGGAGCUACGGCGAGUGCUGCGAAAAAUCCCAACACGACUAACAAGCAAUCAAAAUCCUUGGAGCCCGGCUCUGGACCAUGGUGUAUUGAACAGAGCAGUGUGUGUGUGUGUGUGCUUCCGGACGAUCGUGACUACUGCGUAACACGUUACUAACAAAAGGUUGAGGUUGAACAAAGUGAUAGGAAAUAUUUGUGAUAUCAGUGUCUGUGUGUGUGUCUCGUGACUGUCGUACCAGCUUCCAACCAGAUCGUCGAAAACUCUAAACCACUAGAGACAAAAAGAGGAGAGAGAAAAAGAGCAAACUCGGUAACCUUCUUCACAUAUCGGAAUUUCACUUGCGAAUGCUGAUCUCGUCGGCAUUUUCGUUUCGUAAAAUUUAAAUCAACCCUCCCAGGAGUGGGUUUUGCUGCGGACGUGACUAGUGCAUGCUUCCACAAGGCAAAGCGGCAUAACUUCCAUCCCGCCCACCAAACCUUCCGCAACUCCACCCCCCGGGGGUUACAUUACGUCCAACAGCCAACUCUGCCAGCUUCACUCGUGGUUCGGCCGAUGGUUCUAAUAAUAGUUCCGCAAUAACAAUAUCAUCACUUUCGCCCAUCAUCUCCAGUGGCGGAGAGUUAGAUUCUGCUCCGAAACUCGUGCGGGGUCUACCGAUCCCUACGCCUACCCGCCAAAGCAAAAAGUCGAGUUUUAAAGUGCAAAGUGUGAAGAAAGCAAGGAACGUUCGUACGGUCGUCGUUGUCGUCGCGCGCGUAUUCCGUUGUGAUAUUAUUCGCUAUCGGUUUGGUGAUUGUGUGUACGAGCGUAGCGUGAUUGUGUUCGUCGUCGCUGUUGUUGUCAGUGCCAGUCUCGAGUGCAGGUUUCGCGUAUGUUCACGGUGUAAGUGCUCCGCGUUUGUCUGUGCAUAUUGUUUGAUUUUUGGUGUUUGAUCUGGUGUAUCUGUGAGUGUGUCUGUGAGUGUUUCAGUGUGUGUGUGUGUAUUUGUGCAACGUCGUACAGAGAAAGCCCUCACUCCCUCUGACCGCGGAGUGUUGUAUCCGGCUUUUCUGCAGCUCUUCCCCCACAUCCCGGUUGGGAUUGUUUGAUCUGAGAUGCUGUGAUCAGAGAAAUAUUAUUCGCCGACCAACUUCAACAGUCCCACUCGUAUCCGCCUUCCGGUGCAAACCGAUCGGUUCCGUGUGAGCGUGUGAUUUUCCGAUAUUCCCGUUGCAGUUUUUUGCCCGCGCCCUGCAAAUCCAAGAGGGAUCGCCGUGGUUGAGGUGUUAAGGCCGCGGGGUGACCGAGUGUUAAAGGCAGGUGGAAAACAACCAACGUGCGAAGUGAUAGCGCCGCGAGCAAAUAUUGCCAAGUGUGGUGGAAAAUAUUGAUGAUAUUUUCUGGGAAUCAUAAAAGUCAUCUGCUGCUGCUGGUGGAGAGUGUGCGUGUGUGAGUGCAGCCGGUCGGUCGGUCUGUUUUUUCGCCAUUGUUGCUUUCCGUGUUGUGUGGCAUUUGGAAAGGUUUCGAUUUCGUUUGUUCUCACGGGCAACAGUUCACGGCAGUACUCGGCCCUAACGCGCGUUUCGUGGCAGGGAAAUAGAUGCAACUGACGGAAAAAGCAAACCGGUGUGUGCGGGCGGCAUAAACGCAAGGAAAAUUCUCAGCCGAAAGUUUGUGUGCUUGUGCAAAGGAAAGAGUGCUGGGCUGUGUGUGUGUGAGGGCGGGAAUCGCUUAUUCUACCGGGAAAUCGCAUAUCGUACUAGUGCUGUGAAUAACCUGAAGCUAAGAGGCGAGCUUGAAGAGAUCGUUUGCUCGAGCGCUGCAAAUAGAUAUAAAUCGGCGCCCAGUGUCGGGAAGGGCGUCACAUUCACUCUGCGACAAAUCGUCUCCAGUGCCGACUCUAGCAUCACGUUAUUGCGUUUCGACAUCAUCAACAGCACUCUGCAUACAUGUUAGGCUGCGCGUUUUUGACGUACUUCAGUCCGGAAAGCGCCGUUAACGGUCAGGGCGCGUUACAUGAGAAGCAGACACUACCUGGGAUGAACCGUGCUAUUCAAGUCAAGCCAGCGGAUAGCGAGAACCGCGGUGAUCGAAAGCUUUUCGUUGGCAUGCUUAGCAAGCAGCAAACUGAAGAGGAUGUAAGACAGUUGUUUAACGCGUUCGGAACCAUUGAAGAGUGCACGAUCCUGAGAGGACCGGACGGUGCCAGCAAAGGUUGCGCCUUUGUUAAAUUUACCUCGCAUCAAGAAGCUCAAGCUGCUAUAACAUCACUUCACGGUAGUCAAACUAUGCCGGGUGCAUCCUCUAGCUUAGUGGUAAAGUUUGCUGACACCGAGAAAGAGAGGCAACUCCGUCGUAUGCAGCAAAUGGCUGGCCAUAUGAACCUGCUGAGUCCGUUUGUGUUCAACCAGUUCGGACCGUACGGCGCCUACGCCCAGCAGCAGCAGGCGGCCCUGAUGGCGGCUGCAACCGCACAAGGAACGUAUAUCAAUCCCAUGGCUGCACUAGCAACACAAAUACCUCACGCGUUGAACGGUUCCGGACAGCCAGUAAACGGUGCCAUCCCCUCUCUACCAUCGCCCACGAUGCCUACCUUCAACAUGGCAGCACAAACGCCCAACGGUCAACCGGCCGGCUCGGAGGCGGUUUACACCAACGGAAUACCCCAGACCUACCCAGGACCUCUUUAUGCAGAUGCUCUUCACCUGUCGAUACCCGCUCAAGGACUUCCGAACGGAGAUGCUGCCCUACCGCAUGCCGCCUACCCUGGCAUCCAGCCGUAUCCCGGUGUCGCCUACCCAGCCGUUUAUGGACAAUUUCCGCAAGCUAUACCGCAACCGAUUGCUGCCGUUGCACCAGCACAACGCGAAGACAUGUUAAUGUUCCCAGGGUGCUCCAUAUCGGGCCCGGAAGGUUGCAACCUGUUCAUCUACCAUCUGCCACAGGAAUUCGGUGACGGAGAGCUGAUGCAGAUGUUUAUGCCCUUCGGAACUGUGAUAAGUUCUAAAGUCUUCAUUGAUCGAGCUACAAAUCAGAGUAAAUGUUUCGGUUUUGUAUCGUUUGACAAUCCAGCCAGCGCACAAGCUGCGAUUCAAGCCAUGAACGGUUUUCAGAUUGGUAUGAAAAGACUGAAAGUUCAGCUGAAAAGACCAAAGGAUGCGAAUAGACCCUAUUAACAAUCAGAGAUUAAAAGCGCUUUAAAAAGUGCUUCUGGUGACUUUAAAAUAUGAAGUUAAUCCUUAGACAAAUUUAAUCUAAUAUCAUCAAUUAUCAGUGCAGUUAUGAAUAGAAACAAACAAAAACAACUACAACCAAUCGCUUAAAGUUAAAUAAUGAACUCACACAGACACACUACUUAAAAACAAAACAUAUGGAAAGGAGCAAACAUUUACGCUACUCUAUAUAUAAAGCAAAAACAAAAAAAAAUCCUACAUGAGAGAACAAAAAAAUACACGAUUACAAAGCUAUACAACACUGUUGCAAAGUCAGUGACUUUUGUCUUACACAAAAAAAAACCGAUGUACCAACUAUACGCGCCCGCCAGCAACACACAACAGUCCGUGAUGAAAAGAAGGGAUGAAGUGUGAAAUGAAAGUGCUUUUGGUGCGUACAGCACAACCGGCAUCAUCCAGCGGAGCCACAACAGUCAAGAAGGAGACAGCAUAUGACAGUGACUACACGAUUGCAGCUGGAAAUAUGUAAUGCAGCCGGUGGAAAAAGUACAUUUGUUUUACCAAAAAUGGAGGCUAGUCCAAUGUUUGCCAACCAAUGUCGUGGUUAUAGGAUAGGAGGAGUAAGUGAAUUAUCGUAUACUUAAGUUUAUCUAUAUCUAGAUACAAAUCAAAACUCUCUCGUAAAAGGAACCGAGUUCCCAUCGAUUAGCGAUGUGGAACCAAGAAAACGUGUUUCAUUCAGGUUCGGUAACAAAAAUUCUCUAGCGCACACAAUUUAUUACAUACAUUAGGUUCACUUAUGCAAUUUUAAUAUGACACAAUACACAGUUCAGCAUUACAAGAACGUUAUUAAAUGCAUCUUCAAACCAAUAGUGAGGCUACAGCAAAGCGUAUACUAAUAACAUUUUUCAGAUAAUCUAUUAAACUUUGCUCAUUUAUGUACUCACAUUUUUACGCUACUGAUCAUGUACUAAGAAACGUUAAAUGCCCGUUCAUUAUACUAACAAUGGAAUUGUAAAUAACGUGCCACAAGGUACUUUUUAAUUGUCAUUCUUGUUUUCUCGCUUUUCUAGUGCACAUCUUAACCGCUAUAAUUCGACAAACGAAAUUAUAUCAACUUUAGACCAAAACACUUUUAUUUUGAUUCACUAGCUGCAUAGUAAAUCUUUGUAUCUAAGGAAAACUCAUUAGCAGUGUUAUUACAAAUAUAUAUAAUGCUGUUACACUACUUGUUUCUUUCUUCUUUUACUCGCACAGUUUCGUGUGAAACUGCUCGUUUAGCAAAACAUAAAAACGCAUUCAUCAUAGUCUAUAGGGCUCUAAGAGACAAAUGGGAUGGUACGGUUUGCUUUCUUUUCGUAUAGGUUUCUAAAGUUUUUUCGACUGCUAAGGAAUUCGAAGGAAUACGGUGAAACUUACUUUGCCUAUAUGUUAAUACAUAAAAAGAGUGUUAUUUGUUUCGAUAGCUUCAAGCCCUAAUCAACAACUAAAGCGUAAAAUUUGCGACACAGGAAUUAGUUUUAUAUAGUGCAUUAGCAGUGUGGCAAUAAGCCUCGAUUAACAGCACUUAGCAAUUAUUCAACAUAUUGUUAUGAUUUGAGCCAACAUAUUAAGAUGUAAAUUAUAUUACUACGUUAAGUAAUCAUUUACGAUCAUUAUCAACCCUUUUGAAUGCAACAAACAGAUGAUGAUUGCUUCCGCAAACCACAUUUGUUAUCGGAUACAUAACAAUAAUAAUUUAAUUAAAAAAUAUAUAUUUAAAUCAUUGAUUUUUUUAAAUAAAAUUACAUGGUUCUAUCUCCUUAACAUUUUUUUAAAUAAGUUUAGUAAGACGUUUUACUUUAUACUUCAUAAUUGAAGAAGUGCACAUAUAUACGAAGAGUUUUUUUUGCGAUCAAAUCGACAUUAAAAUAAAGUUUUAAAAUUUUCCGCAAUGAAACAAAUACAGUUAGCUCAAUCCUAUCCUGAAUGUACGUGGAUAACGUUACCAACGCUUUUUGUUUUGUAGCCCAGGUUUGCAUCGUUUUACCUAUUACAGUAUUAAUUUAAAUUUGUAUAAAAACACGUUCCUUUUGUCUAUCGUGGCCCCGGCUUCGCUGUGCGUCUUUUUACUGAGACAAGCAUGUAUGAAGGGCAUUAUUGCAAAACACUGCACAUUGCGUUUCCGUUUUAUCACACUAGUCAUUUUGUAGGCUAAGGUAAUAUCAUCUUAAAAAUCUACCCAUGCCCGCCAUCAUUGAGCUUUGCGUUCGGUAGUUUGCAUCCCUCCAGGGCCUGUGCCACCAGUAGCCAGGCUGGAAAGUCUAGUAAUCGGAUUCCUGCCUAAAAUUUAAAUAAAAACCAAAACGAACACUCGUACACAGAUACAUACACACACACACACGAAAAUAUUAGGGAAUGUAGUAAUAUAGAAACAAACGAUUAACUUCAUGCAUCAAAGAUUUAAACUAUAAUAUUUGAAACGAGAAAACGCACACGCGUGUGUGGGUUUGUGUGCGUGGUCAGCAGUAAUUAACAUAAAACCAACUCGUAUUAGAGAAAAUAUUGAGAACCUACAGCUAAGCAAAGCCAAAAAGAAACAAACAUAUACACUCGUUUAUCGAGAAGCGGUAACUCGUGUCAUCGAAUCCAGAUAUGGUUCGAGCAAGCUGCACGAAUGACUACGAUACAUUAUUUCUAACACAAAACAAAACUUUAACAUUGAACAACAUUAACACUAGUGCUAGAUUUACGUAAAAACUAAACCAAACCAACCAAUAUUAACAAUAAGUAGAGAGAUAAUAAUUUUCCCUUCCUUCAGCAGCUAUUUUCCGUUUUACGUUGUACUCUCCGGUGCAAUAGCGAUUUCUAAUCGUUUUGUUUUGUUUCAUUAUGAACAGAUUUUCUUAAACGCGAUCAAGUAACCAGAAUAAAACACCUUAUUAUGCAUCAUAUUGAGCUUAAUGGUUCGCGGCAAAUCGUUAGAGCAGUUGAAAUCAUAUACAAAUGUCAGAGCACUAUUGGUUGAUAAUUUGAUACGAUUGAAUAAUUUGUUCAUCUCGUGAAGAAUCCAUAUUUCACCGCACAAGUAUACCAACUGAAAUAAAAUAAAUCUCUUUGAACAUGCCUCCAGGGACAGCAAAAUUGAGGAAUUUUCCGUACUUUUCAUUAACUCCUGUUCAUUACCCCGAUUCACAAUGAUAAGAAAAAGUUAUUGAAAACUUACUAUUUACAGUUUUGUAAAUUGCAGGUAGGGUUUUAUGAACAGCUACAAAGUGAACACAAAAAAACUAAAAACAUAUUAUUGUUAGAUAAACCAACAAAAUGGGCUGUGAUUUCAAAUUAUGAUUUGCAAACACUACAACCAGAUACAUAAAACCCUACUUAAACAAAUGCUGCUGAUGUUUGUUUUGUUUCUACUUAUAUAUCGUAACAGUGCAUUUGCUUUUCUUGUUUGUAUCCCUCAAUUAUUAGCAAUACUUGUGUUUAGUUAAAUACUUUUUUCUACGGAUUGUUUGCUUUUAUUGACCAUCGUCCCAUAAUAAAACAAAUAAUCAUCACUAUCCCUAAAGGUUUGCAGAAAGCAUCUUAUGCUAGAAUGCAUGCAGCAGCUCGAGUGGGACGAACAAACACAUGAUUAUUAAAUCCCGUGCACCUAAUAUGUAAAAUCGGUCUUACCUUUGCCAAAUUAUUCAGAAAAGAUUGCGAGAUUAAGAUCAAAAAGAGGUUACCGUUUGGUAGCACUUUUACCAUCAACUAGACAAAUUAAACAACAGUUCAACCUGUACAUAGAUGUAAAAUCAAUGCAGCCGUUUUUCUCUCACUCUACUCUACUUAUAUAAGUAUUACUUACUGCAAUCCCUCUUUAGCAUACCUAGAGCGAGUCUAACUUAUACGGCAGCCAUUCUUAGGUGAACACGGACGCAUUUACAUUAGAUGCGUCUAACUAUGCAUUGAAAGCCAUAUCAGUUACUGAAACUAAAAGUUUCAUUUUCAAUUGCUAGUAGGGAAUGCGAAAAACAAAGAGCAGUUUGUCAAUGUGCUACAAACAGCACGCCGACGUAACUCAACCCAGAGCCAUAUUGCCCGCGUUUUGUGCGUGAAGUUUAGUGUCAAGGAUUCCUCCACAGGACAAAGCCAUCGCUUACCCAACAUUGCUAGAUUAAAAAAAUCACCACUCUAAUCGCCCUUUCUAUUUGAUGCGAAACAAACGAUAAAGUGAAAGUCCCCACAUUAUAGCAGAGCAAGUUAAAAACAAAGACUAGUCAAAUAAUUAUUAAAAAGCAAGUAAGAUCACCAAUGAAUCCACAUAUAAAAUACUUGAACAGAUAAAUGAAAAAAUACAAACACAAACAAAGUAUGAAUGAAAAAAAUGGACUACAGCCCAACGAACGUGAACCCACCUUCUUCGAGAGAAAAAACUGUGAAACUUUUCCGUCAGGUUUGAUUUUUCUCUCACCAAUCUAUAUGUCUCUCUAGCCAGGGAACUUUCAUUUGUAUCCCUCCCUAAGCUGCCUCCCUGAAACUAAACGUAGUUAGUGUGUCCUCCCUUCUCAAGGUUAUCUACAUUUCCGCAAAUCUCUGAAUGUGUUAUUUAGCUAACGAUUACAGUAAAAUUCGGUUGAACAUAUGAUAACAUAACAAUUUUACCUUUCAUUAAAGAAUCAUACUUUUAUGCCUCCUUGUUUUCUUCACGCUUGAAAAAUGGAAUGAUUUUUAUGAAUGUGGAAUCACAUGUUUCACAUACAAAUACAAGUUUGAAACAAUUUUAACAUCUAUACAUUGCAUCUGUAAGAUCCUUUAAUACCUUUUUUCUCACAAAACAUCUUAUACCCAGAGUUUGUGACAAAAUCUUGACUGGUAGAUGGGAGUGACAAAGUAGCAUCGUGCUAAGCGCAAAGCGAAGGUAAUAUUUAGUAGUAAGCAAAGAUGGCGCAACAUUAUUACAGCAUGUAGUAGCCACUAUGAAAUGAUUUUUUUAUUAUCUGUAGGCCACGUUUAAUGCCCAGUACACAUAGUUUUGACGACAAAAGUAGGUGAAUUAAACGCCCGUAUCAAAUCCGUACUGAAACUGUAGCUCAGUUAAUAAUAUCCACGCGGGAAACUAUCUUGUCCGAAAAAAUAAAACCACUCUCAUAAAAUUUUAAAAAUUUUAAGGGUUUACAUUUUUGCUGUUCAAAAGCUACGCUUAAUGUAACUAGUUUGUUUCAUCGUAUAGAAAACUCAAAGUAUUUUUUCUUAUGCACGUGAUAUGGGAAAAAACUCUCCAAAUUACCUAGAAAAUUACCGUUUUGGUUCUUUAAGUUUACUAUGCAAAGAAAUUUUUAAAAUUAUUUGCAAAUUCUAUUCAAUUUCAAUGUAGAGACAGCUUAACUUUAGCAAACAGGGAUAAUUCGAUUCACUUACCAAAAUCUAUGCUCCACGCCUCCAACACGAUAGUAUACACAUGAAUCUAUAUAUAAAUAUACAUAUAUACACCAACAUGCGUAUAUACACAUAUUUAGAAAUAACAUUAUUAUAUACAUUUACCGUGCAAAAAACGCGUGUACACACAUACAAAAACAACACAACCACAAAAAAUAACAUAGAAAAACCACAAACCAAACAAAGUAGAAGUAAACGAAAAUCACAAGUGAAACAUUACAAACCAAAUCACGAACCAAAGCUAUGGUCGUCCUUUCUCCGGGUGGAGAAACUGGACACUGCAGACCCUAGCAAGACAAAAGAGAAUGGAUUACUACACCAUUACGAGGAAAGUUAUUUUAAGUCUUCAACUAGCUAAGAAACGAUAAAGGAAGUGCGUAAUGAAAUAACAGUUGGAAAACAGAUUGCGAGUGUAUUUGUGUGUGUGCGAGCAGUGUGAGCACUGUUAAUGGGAUGCUCAUUUUUUCACAUGCAAUCACCAUUUGUAAAGGAACAAACACAGAUCCUGGCAGGAGCGCACACUGAUCACACACCCACGAAUGAACCAUUAUCUUGUUUACCUAUAACUAGAAAUACAAAUCUGUUUAAAACUAUUUGCAAGAAAAACAAUUCAUGACAGAUAAGAAACUAUGUAAAAAUCUAGGAUACAGGGUAUUUCUUGCAAUUAUUGAAAAUAAUGAGAAAUUAAAUACUAAUAGGAGAAAAACGCAUGUUGAAUAGAACAGAAGGGAGAGAUUAAAACAUAACUUACAUUUUUAAAUACUAUUACAAAACUUAUUAUUAUUGCGAAUUGAAAAACGUAAAAGUCAUCAUUAUACAUUUUUGCUAACAUAAUUCCUAUCAUUAUUCUCUUUCACAUAAACACACACACACACACAUACACUCUCACACACACACAAACACGUACAUUAUUACCACGAAGACGGAAUGGUUCAGUUAAUCAACUCGAUUUAAAUUUUUAGAAGAAGGGUUCUACUGAAAAAUGAAAUAAAUAACAAAACCAUUUACACAACGCAUUAAUCCAUACUAUUCUAUAAAUUUAACGAACAACAAAACUCAUUAAACAUUUAACAACUAACACACUUAAAUCGUGCGAUCUUAAGUAAUAGAGAAGCAAAUAAAGCUCGAUUGUUGAAACAAAAAAAGAAAACAUAAACGUUUUUUAGAUACGACCCUCCGACGAAUUUUAUUGCUCCUACUUUCUUCUUCUAUUGUCUACUAGUGAUUCAUACGUUUUGAUUCAGUAGCCUUUAGACGUUCAUGCCUGUGAAUAAUAGUCACAAAAAGGGAAAACGAUAUGAUGUUUAAAGAAAUUAGUUUUGUGAUAUGAAUAUUUAUAAAGAAUAAUAAUAGUACUAUUAAAAUGAUACUUAAAAUAACAAACCCGAAACAUCUUUAUGAAUUUGCUAAUGGAAAAGAAACACAGGAAAAAUGAAAAACAAAGUAGAUUUGACAACAGGUCGUAGGCAGGUCGUCUACCGGUAUAGAAAGGAACAGAUGAAGAAAAAGUGCAAGCGGAUGAGGAUGGGAAGAACAUGCUAGUACACAAUAAAAUGUGGAUGGAUUUACAUUUUAUUAUAGCAACACAAACACUCUAAACACUUAUCAAGAGCGAUAUACUUACAUCAGAGAUUUAUUUAUUUCAAAUCGAAUCGCCAGUUAAAGUAUUUAUUUCAGCGAAUGCCAGUAUUGUCAAGUUUUGAAAGGAGCAACAUCUUCGAGCAAACAUCGGAGUUGUAGCCCUUUUCAUAAGAACAUUUACCAUUGGCAUUAGUAAAUUAUUUUUUAUUUUAUUUUUUUUCAAAAUGUUAGCAGUAAUAUUGCAGAAAACAAAUCAGCGCUCAAUAAUGGAUCACCUAUAUGCGACGAAUUGGUAAGAGAGAUGGUGUAUUUUUUUCUAACCAAAGACCAGUCAACGCUCAGGAUGAUCCGGUGCGUUAGGCUAUUGUUGGUUAUUGUCACACAUCUGUUGCUACUUCAUGGGGCUUAUUAGUACCAUGAGGAAUAAUUUUCGAUGUGAUUCAAUAUGUUUGUUCAUGAAAAACAGCUUCAAAUGACUUUAGUAGUAUCAGUUUCUUUAACACCUUUAUCAACGUUAGACUUACGAACACAACAAUGCUACAGUUCACAAAAGACCGAUAAUACGCAACUAGAUCCUGUUAGCUCGUAGGCAGCCAAUGCAGUGAUGGUGCAUCACGUUUAAAGUUUAAUAUCAAUCAAAGAAAAGCCAAAAGCGAGCAGAAAAGAAAAUGCCCAUUUACUAGAGAGGGAGUGUGUUGUCUGCUGAACUCCGAUGCGUAGCACCAUAACAAGUAAAAAUAAGAAGGUGCAAAAGAUGAAAAAGAAAUAUAUAUACCAUAUAUACAAAGAAAUUCUUUAAAAUUUCACUUAAAAAAAUAACACAAUGUGGAGACACCUGUACAUUGCGAAAUUUAACGCUUUGAAAACGAAACAAAAAAUAUAUAUGAAUGAUAAUUUAGUAUAUUUAGUAUAACAAAGAUCGUACACGAUAACCCUUAGAAGCAAAGCCGCAAAUUCAUAAGUUGUCUCGUGAGAAGCCUAACCUAGCGAUGGGAAUGAGAAGGUUCACAGAGAAAUAAGAAACGGUGGAAAAGGCGAAGAAGGAGAAGAGUACCAACACAUACGGUUAAUACUGGAAAGCAAACAAACAAAAAUCUUAUUAAAUUAAACCAAAUUUUUAGACAAAUUUACUUUGUUUUCUUUCUCCUAACAUUGAGAAAAGGACAACUUGUGGUGGAGUUUAAACAUCUGAUAAUCGUUGACAAUUUCACCAACUUUCACCUGCACGAGACUAUAAAAACCAUCCAUUAUCCUCAAGUGUAGGUAAUGCACACUGCUUCGGUUCGCAUUGACAUCUCGUUUAUCGUUCAUUUUCUUAUAAUCUUGAUUUAUAUGUUAAGUAAAAUGUUCUGGAGGAAUUGGAAAAUUUGGCUUAAUCGUUCAUACCAUAUCAAACAUAUUACUAAGUAAUCGAUCGUUUCUUCGACGAAACUACGGUAAAUGUGUCAUGGUGGCAGAGAGAAGUUUGUUUCAUAACUUAUUGUGGUAUUUUAAUUUCAGUUUUUAAUUCAGUUUUUAAAUGUGAUAUGAGUGUUAUAAAAAGCAAACAUGCAACAUCUAAAGAACGCACAAGAAUUAUAAGUACAAUAAAUGUUUUGUAAGGUUAUAUACAACGUAAAGUUUGUUUGGAGCAGAUGUUUUAAGUCAUAGCAUGUACCUAAAAACAGCAAAACAGAAAUGGAAUCACAUUUUAUUGUUUCAUUAACAAUUGUGAAAUGUUCAACGCAAAAUAUAUGAUUUAGUACUGAAAAUUUGUUAAAUGGUGCUUUUUUGUUCAAACAUUUAACAUGAAGUACAUUUAAAAACGUCUUUGUUUCAUUUAACUGAUGAAAACAUGAAUGCAAAGAUAGACAACCGAACAACCGAAUAAGAAGAGAAAAUAAGCAAGAGUAGACACAAAAUAAUUAAUGGGAAACUUUAAUUAUUACGACAAUAUGGUAUUAUAAUAAAAUAAUAUAAAGAACAUUGAAAUGAAGCCUUAAACCAUGUAUAUGCUACAUUAAAAGCCGACUGUGCACGACUUAAUUAAAAGAUGAAACGAAACUUAUCCAAAGCAGCAACAUUUGCAUACACACAUACACGUGCGCUUUCAAAGAACCACUUACACUUUCACCAUCACACUCACACAUCAAGUGGGAAUGGGAAACCAACCGAUAGUUACAAGUGGAGUCAUCGAAAGCACCAUUAAGACUCCGCAGUCGUUUCUCUAUCUAAUUCUAAACCCAUGUAAAUUCACCACCACCACGACCCACAAACAAAACAUCAACAACAUCACCAACAACUACUACUACGACCAUAUUGAAUGGUUUCAAUCAAAGAAUUUUCUCUUUAAAACUUUAAAACGAAUUAUAAGACAAAUUGCACUGCUGUAAUGCAGCGGAACAAAACGAACAAAGCUGCAGUAGUGCCGUGCAUUGGGCACUGGAGGGGCACAACUUUAAAACAAACACAAAUAUCCUAAACACUACUAUUAUAAAGGUAUCAUUCAUUAUUCUCUCUCCCUCUCUAUCUCUCUCUUCCUCUCUAUAUCUUUGCGAUUCGCAAAAUUUGCGUAAGAUAACGGUAGCACAGGGAUCGACUGUUACUAUUAAUUUAAAUUAUGAAGCCGGAUGAAUGCUAUUCGUUUGGGACAUUUAUUAAUCUUACAUGAUGGAGUGUCUCGAAUGUACUGAAACUACUUUAGCGAUUGUAUCAUACUGGUUGCAACUUUAUCUAAUUCAUUUUUUUAUAUUCCAAGCUAGACCGUCGAGUGCAUUUUGCUUUUCUGUUUUUUUUUUGUUUUUUUUUUUUU